AUGGCCAUCAACAUUCUAAAACUUCCUCACGAAAUACUUCAUUUAAUUCUAUGCUGCUUAUCCACGACCACAGACAUCCUUUCUGUUCAGCGAUCCUGCAAAACUCUUCGGCAGAUCGCGCAAGAAUCUAACCUCCUCCAGUAUAUAUUGGAAUUGGCGACAGCUGGUGUGGAGGACGUGGGGAACUGGUCGUCUUCUACGUCCAUUUCCGAUCGAGUGGAAGCGUUGAGGACGCGGCAAAGAGCCUGGGCACAAUUAGAAUGGCGAUCUACCAUUCGCAUUCAGGGUCCUGCUGAGCUUUUCCGCGCUCACUCCUUCCACAUCGUGGACAAUUAUCUCGUCUUGUUGGAAGGUACCGGACUUAUAUAUCUCACUGCUCUACCUUCCAACUACCAGUCGAAUGCUACAUCGCAUGCCCUACAUUGGGACACUAUCCAAACAACUCCCUCUGCAGAAGCACAACUUCCAUUGAUGAGAGCCGAAAACGACCUUAUGGCCAUGGUUAUAAUACUGCCCUUUACUUCGAGUGAAGAGACAUGGAGGAAAAGGCUCGAGCUUCAUCUCUUCAGCAUGUCGAAUCACACAUAUCACCCGGCAGCAAAAUCAUCGGUCAUACCAUUGUACGAGCACAGCAAUUGGUCGAGCAUUAACUUUGCCACGAUGGAGAUAGCUGGAGAGUACAUCGCUGUAUUACUCCCGCCUGACAACCGCCUCGACGACUUCUCACCCCGUCCUGGUACGUUUCUGUUGGUGGAUUGGCAGACCGGGACCAAACAUCCCUGCGUAUUACCUUUCUCAUGGACCUCAAAUGUGGAAGGAUUUGUAUUCCUACGGCAAGACAUCAUACUUUUCCCGAACUUAGAGGAAAAUUCUCUCCUCAUCUUCAAGAUCAAAUCGUCACCAAUCGGCAUUGACCUGGCGCUUGUACGAAGAUUGUUGCUUCCGGAAGCUAGUGUGCACAAAGAGGUCGUAUAUAUCAGUUGCGCCUGCUCCCCAAAUGCGUUCGAUCAGCCUUCAACCAAUUCCAUUAGUCCCUUCCGUGACAUCCCAGACGAGGCCAUCAUCCGAUUUACUAUCAAAGUUGGCCAUGCCCCUUCCCACCUUCCCAACCUUCACGGCGGCGACAUCUUCACGUUCGUCACACACCGCCGUGCUUUGCUUGCUCUACUCUCCCCUUAUAUCCUCGCCAUACCAUUCGGGGAUCCCCCUCUACAAUCCGGAGACGUGAUAACCAGUGAUUGGCACGAAUGGGGCCCGAAACGCACUCGGUGGUUUGACGCCGUCGACCUCGAAGACGCACAAUGGGCACCGUUUGGCCAACGUGUGAUGCCACCGUGGCAUUUGGGGUUAUGCGAUUUCAACACUUAUACUACUCGGAAAUUGCACGCUCAAAGUGGUGAUGUCGAUUAUCAUCUUCCGAAUGGGAGGAGACAAAGAGUGAUCACUAGGAAGACCGUCAUACCGGCCCGUUUUAUCUUUCUCGACGAUGUUGAAUCUGAGCUUCCGUACUGCGAGAUCGAGUGCAAAGUGCAGGGCUCUGAUGAGCUGUGGAUGGACGACGAGCGUGUCGUGUUUUCAAAGCCUUGGGACAACGAGUUCGUUGUCCAUAUGCUUGGAUAA